AUGGAGGUCGCCGCGCCGCUACAGGCCCGAGAACUCACUCUGCGCUACGAGGCGGUGAUCGCAAAAGGCUGGGAACUGCUGGCGCUUUCAGCAGGAGCCGGCGUGGACCCCGCGGCGGUCGCCGCCUUGGACUUCACCACGACGGCGUCUCAGCCGUCCCCACGCAGCGCAUUGACUGAUGCUCUUGCCGGCGAGCGCCAUGCGUGCCCCGGCUCCCCAGCAUCCCCCUCGAGCCCCGCGGCACCCUCCUCCAGCUCUGCGCCUCGCAAGAGUGCGCUGACAGACGCGUUGAAGCGGGCGGGCCUUGCCGGCACGCCGGCGCCCGCCUGCAGCUGA